UAUCACUGAAAUGAGAAAUGUCUUUUGAAAUAUUCCUUAUCCUAGUAUAAAAUAAUCAAUACUUAUGAACUUCGACUGAUGAUUUUUAUAAAUUGUUGUAGUGUCUAAUUGAAAAAUAAAAAUCUGUACUGCUUUUAGGAAGCGAAUUGCAUAAAAACAUGUAACAUGAUACAAUUUCUUUCCAAAAUCAUGAAAUUUUUACUUGCACUAUUAACACAAUAAUGUGUUUAAUGUAAUACAUGGAUUGUAUAGAUAAGACCCCAUUACAGGUGACCUUGUAGACUUUUCAAUGUACCAAAAAUAUCUCGACGCCCCACCGGACUCCUACUGAGCAUUCUUAUAAAAGUCAAGUACAUCAGCGAUCAGUAUGUCAGUUAACAUCACGAUUAACAAAAAAUGUUCUCUAAAAUUAUCAUCGUUUGUGCAACAUUGGCUGUAGUACGAGGCGGUAACCUAGGUUAUGGCAACCAUCCUGUAUCACAAUAUAACCAAGCAGCAGCAUUGGACCCUUAUAGGUCCUUGGCAUAUAGAAAUGGUCACGUGAACCUGGGUUGGAAUCCAUCCGGUGCCCCACAGGUGGCUUACUCAGGUUACGCCAGUCCUGGACCUUAUGCUGGCUCCUUGGCUUCUCCUAAUCAUGUGAUCCAUAACUCACCCCUCGCCUAUUCUGGUCUUAUAUCCCGUCCUUCAAAUCCUUUAUCGCAUCUUAACUCCCCUCAUGUCAAUCCUUUAUAUAACGUGGGUUCCCUAGGACACUCAGAUCUUUUACCACGUGCUGGUGCCUUAGCUCAUUCAGCUUCUGUCAGUCGUGGUCCUCUUGUUCACUCCACAUCCCAAGUCAAUGCCGUUUCUCUAUUUCAAUCAUCGCCCCGCAACUACGGAGGUUAUGUUGGACACAAUCAACAUAUGAACGAUUAUUACUCUCAUCCUAAGUAUCAAUACUCAUACUCGGUGGAAGAUCCUCACACUGGUGAUCACAAGUCCCAGCACGAGGCCCGUGACGGUGAUGUGGUGAAGGGUGGAUACUCUCUCCUUCAACCGGACGGUUCCUUCAGGAAGGUGUCAUACUCCGCCGACGACCACAAUGGUUUCAACGCGAUAGUUCAGAACUCCGGACCCAACCACCACGUCUACUCCGCUCAACAUCAUCAUUAGUUAUGGACUAUUUAAAUAUAUGAGGAUAAAGUGAUUAUGUAUUACAUACGCUGUUUUCUCUGGUACGAAUAAACUAGUUGAUAUUAUUGAA